AUGUUUCGUGAUCAUAUUGAUCGGUUGCAUCGCCCCUUACGCAAGCCUGGAGCAUCGCUGCUUCUGCCUGUCCCAGUGUCAUCCGGUCGUACCGGUCAAGAGCAGUCGAACCGAGUGACGACCGCUCAUCCGCGUCUUGGAUUUCUGGCGGGAGAGUCGGUGGUGUGGGAAGGCGCACCACCCUCGGUUUCUCGAUCUGACUCGUGGUUGGAAUUGGAUUUAGAAGUCUUGGAGCGUCAUCUGGAUAUCGCAAGACAGAGUUGGUAG